AUGGCUCCUAGACCGAGACCAGCAGGUCCUGCACCUACGUAUGCGGAUUUUUUUGGCGAUGGAUCUUCCUCUAGCGGUCCAUCGUCUUCUUCCGGGACAGUUCCGGACUCUCACACAUCUCGGAGAGUUUCUUCGACCCCUCCUCCUCUUCCAUCUCAGAUGCCUCCCCCACCAGCUCCACCUGUCGCCCCGGAUCAGCCUGCCCCACCGGCUGCAGUUCAUCCCGAUUUGCGGGUGCCAGCUCAUGCACCAUUCGCAAGAUACACCGUCGAGGAUUUGCUUGCCCAGCCCGGACAAGAGGGUUUACACGUUCUGGACCCCGAUAGACCCCCGGGUACUUAUUGGUUUGGGGCUAACAACCGUGUUAGCCGGAGCGUUUCAGAGACGAUGAAGGGAUAUUAUGACGGCCCUUAUCCCAACUGGACCAUGACUCCCGAUCACGUCAAGACGACGUGGUUUAAAUGUUUUGCGCAAAGGUGGAACUGGUCCGUAGGAAUCACUGAGAGGGUGAAUGAGGAAUUUACAUGGAGUCGUUGUAAAGUCCUCAAUGCAAUCAGAGUGGGUUGGCUGCAGAUAAGAAAGAAACCUUUGUUGAUGAGGAACAAUGUGCAUGAGGAUGACGACAUACUGGUGGAGAAGAUUAAUGGAAUGUGGUCUGUUGCCAAUAAUGUUUCUGGGCCUGAUGCUUUGGUGCGUAUUAUCAUCGGUAAGGACGAUGCCGGUGUGAAUAAGAUGACGAAUGGUCACAAGUAA